AAUUUGUAUUUUCAUUAAAUAAAAUAAGUGUUGUAGUUUGGAUGACAAGUAAGUGUUAAUACUGAAAUCCUCCUGAAUUUCCUCGAAAACUUCGGAAAUGUUGUUUCGGAUUCAUUAUUCCGGAUCUCAGGGAAACGCAGACAGGACUUCUAAUUUUUUUUAAUGCAGAAAGUUUUCCUGACCCUAAACUACAAAUGGUGAUAAACAAUUAAUCGAAGUGCCCUUCUUCUAAAAGAAAUCAGUCAUGAAAACUGUCUUCGCUAAUUUAAUAACGGAUCUGGAAAAUUUACAUAAACUACGUAUGGGCACACUGAAAGGCCUCGUGGACAAAUUAACAGAGGAUUUCAAAGCUGUACUUCAGAAUAAAGAGACAAAAGGACUAAGAUUUGACGUUGUCGAAUGUCAGGAUGAUGUUGAUAGACUCGAAUUGGAAUAUAAAUCUAGAGUUAAUAUAUUUAAUGGUUGUUCUGAAUUUGGCAUUAGAACCCAAAGAAUUCAGGAUGCAGAAAUCUGCUGGACUCAGCAAAUUAAAUACUUCAGAAAAGAGGAAGAGAAGCGUAGAAUAAACACCAGGAACUGCAUUCUAAAGCACUUUGUUAAAGACCGAGAACCUUAUGUACUACUGUGA